AUGGCCCCGCCUGUAAGUAUAAUUCCUUUGUCUGAAAAUUAAUAUGUAGUCAGUCUUCGAAAGUUCCGAACAAAGUAAAUAUCUUUAGUUGCGUUGAGUUUAAUAGUUAGAAAUGUUUAUAUAUUGGUUUAUAGCUCCGAAAAAGCAGUUGUCCUUGGAACAGAAAAUAGCUAUCGCGCAAGAAAAAAUAAGACAAAGAAACAAAAACCGUCAACCCCAGCGCGACAGGAAGUUGUCUCAGCAUCCUGAUUCAAAACAAGACCAUGAAGCCGAGAAGCCAGUGAAUCAAACAGCCAUCAAUACGCCUGCUAUACAGCCAAUUAUUAAUAAUGAAGAACUUAUAACAAAAAAUGAAGUUGAAAUAUCUCACGAACCCAAUGUAAAUAUACCGACUAAUGACAUAAAUACAGAGGAAUCGUCUCAUGUAGAAAACGAAGUUAUCGAGGAACCUAAAGUAGAAUACGAUAUCAAGGAAUCUGUUUCACAAGUUACUCAGGAAGUUAAAACUGAAGAAGAAAAAGUGAUUGAACAGAGUAAUGAGAAUAUAAUCAGUGGGGACACAAAUGAAACGUCUAAAGGUGACGUUAUUGUUAACACAGAAAACGUCACCAAUAUGAAUGAUCAAAGCAAAGACACAGUUGAUCAUGCCAUUCAAAGUACUGAACAUGUAGAUAAUAAGCCUUUGAAUGAAGUCAACCCUGAAACUCAUUUGAACGAGAGCGAAGCUGCAGUUGAGAAAAUAGUUGUUAAUGUUGAAGAGAAAUCUGAAAUUAGUAAUGGUCCUCCAGAAAAAGAAGUUAUCAAGGAUGAAUUUAAUGAAGUAGCUUCUACCCUCCUAUUAGCAAGCAGGGCUGUAAGUGCAUUUUCUAAUGUUAGUGACGUUAAACCUACGGAAAAAGAAGUAGUUGAAGAACCAGAAAUCGAUAAAAAAGAAUUUACCAUAGAUACUCGACAUGAUGAAAUACUAUUGAAAGAGUUUUCUAGCAGAAUUGAACCUGUGAAGAAACUAGAGGACAUUAUUGAAGAACAAAAAAUAACUAAAGAGGAACGUACAGAUGUUUCGCUUCAUGAAAAUAUUGCUGACAACAUUUUAUUUAAAGAACAUGUCGGUGAAGACCUAACCCGUACAGAUAACGAGCACGUAGUUGAGCAGAAUCAUAGCAAUUCGCUUUCGAAAUCGGGAGAUUCUUUAGAUCCUACUGUAGAAGACUUCAAUGCUACUCCACAAGAUACCCUACUUAAAAGUGAGAGUUUACAGGAUAACAAUCAAAUGUUAGCUUCUGCGGAUACUGAAACAUCAAAAACAACAGAUCUCCGAGAAUCAGCAGAAGGGAUCGAACGCUCAGAAAAUCAGGUCCCUAUUGAAGAAAUCACCGAAAAUUCUAAUAUAUGUCACAGUGUUCUUAAGAAGGAUGACUCCAACGAACAAGAAGUUCAAAGUAAUAAAGUUAACAAUGAAUCACGGGUUGGCGCAGAAGUAACUGCCGUUGACGAUAAGCUUCCAGAGCAAGAACCUGCCCAUUGUGAAGAAGCUGUUCUGAAGGAUGUCGAUGAUAUUCAUGAUGCUACAUCUGCUCUUAUUACAAAAGAUUCAGUAAGUGAAAGAUAUGAAAUAACUGAAGACACUGCAGUAAGCGGCAUGGAUCUAGAGACAGCAGCAAUAACAAUACAAAAAGUAUUUAGAAGUUUCUUAUUUAGUAAAAGUAGGGCUUCAACAUUAGAAGACACCGUUAAUGAAAACUCUUUGGACGAAGACAUGGAAAAAAAGGAUUUACAGGACGAAUCCCAAUAUGCAACUGCUAACAUAAGCAAAGAGCGAAGAACAUUAGGAAUCAGUAGAAUGGAUACCGUCCUGCAAACGGUAAACGAGGAGAAAUCGCUGUCGCUAUCAGAUGAAUCUUCUUUGUCUAGCGCAGCUACCACUAUACAAGCGCAUGUCAGAGGAUUUUUAGUCAGAAAUAAACUUGCCUCUAACAAAACUGCUUCUAGUAGUUCUUUAGUCAAUUCUGACGGCCAGUCUACGUCAUUAGAAGGGGAUGGCAAUGAACCUAAGAAGACUAUUUUAAAUAUCCACAUCGUUCCUGAGAGAGGCCAAUUCAUGAGCAGAGACGAAAGUUUACUGACGUCGAUCGAUUUACCUCUUGAUAACAGCCCACCGUCUUCAAUUAAUUUACAUCCAUUGGGUUAUGAUAAAAGUAAGCGACGGAAGCAACUUAAAAGAGAAGACGCCGUACAAUCCAUUUCACCUCCUAGUAACAACAGCGGAAAACUAAGUGAAGAGGUGGACUCUGUGAAAGAGACUCUUAAUGAUAGUGACGAUAUCGAUAUAAAGCACGAAGACGAAGUAGUAUCUGUAAUUGGUCAAGAUAAACUUCACGAAGCGGACGCUGAAAGUUGCGAUACCACUCUCACAAUCAGUUCUACAGCGGAAACAGUUGUCGAUGCCGACACUUAUCACCCUAGAGAAGUCCUCUCAAGUCCUGAACAUAACAUUGAAUCGGACACCAAAAACACGGAAGUUCUUACUAGUUCCGAUGAGAUGGACGUUGUUACACCAUCCACGAUAGCCGCAAAGAAUCCUUCAGUCGACACUGAGAACGAUGAUAAACCAAAGUUGGUUCACUCCGGGGAAUUCCACGACAUAGUGCUUCAGACUCAGGUGAAACGGAGUGAAGCAUCGGUCGUCCGUGGUGAGUGAAGACAACUAUUAUCAGAAUUCAAAAACGUGCUGGUGUACUUCUUAAUAUGGGACAAGACCUAAAACAUCGGCUGCUGGAGUCAGUUUAUCACCUAACGAUUGUAUUUAUUAUUGAACGUAACGCAAAUGUAGUGUAG